AAUGCUUCUGAUAGCGACAAUCUGGAUGACUCUAAUAGUGUUAAUUUAGAUGAUCCUGAUAGUGAUAAUCCAGAGGAUACCUCUGAUGAUAACUAUGAAGCUAUUGCUAAAUCAGUAACUCCAGUUGUUGAUAAAAAAAGUAAAUCAAAAGAGAUUGUUGAUAAAAAAAAUAAAUUAAAAGAGAUUGUUGAUAAAAAAGAUAAAUCAAAAGAAGUUGUUGAUGAAAAAGGUAAAUCAAAAGAGGUUGUUGAUAAAAAAGGUAAAUCAAAGAAAGUUGGUAUAUAUCAGCUA